ACCGGGUUAGAAGUUGUGUUCACUACUUCUAAUAAUGGUCGAACUCUUUUAGAUAUGAAAGAAUCAUUACCAACUCUUAAAACUAUUAUCAUUUCUGAUGAUGCAGAUCAAGAUUUUAUAAAUCGUGCUAAUGAAUUAAAAGUUCAUGCUAUCGAUUUCAAGACUAUAGAAAAUGAUGGCAAAACUCAUAAGGCAGAAGAAGUCAAUCCUAAACCUGAUGAUAUUGCUACUAUUUGCUACACUAGUGGUACAACUGGAAUGCCUAAAGGUGUAGUUCUGACUCACAAAAAUUUAAUGUCAAUAGUUUGUAGUUUAAUGUUUCUUGGUGAAAAAGGAAAGAUGAUCAAAAUUACCAAGGAUGAUGUACAUAUUUCAUAUUUACCAUUGGCUCAUGUAUAUGAAAAAACAAGUGAAGCUACAUUUAUUUAUGCUGGCGCUGCAAUUGGUUUUUAUCAAGGCGACACUUUGAAAUUAUUGGAUGAUAUUGCUGAAUUGAAGCCAACUAUAUUUAUUUCUGUACCAAGAUUACUUAAUAGGGUAUAUGAUAAAGUGUUUGCUUCAGUUAAAGGAAAAGGUAAAGUAGCUCAAUGGAUGUUUACGACUGCUUAUAAUUCCAAAAAGAUUGCUUUAUCAAAAGGUCAAAUUGAUCAUUGGUUAUGGGAUAAAUUGGUUUUUUCCUCUGUCCGAGAAAGACUCGGUGGUAGAGUUAAAGCAAUUUUGUCUGCUGCUGCUCCUAUUUCUCCUGAUGUUAUGGAUUUUUUGAAAAUUUGUUUUUCCGCUAAUGUUUUUGAAGGAUAUGGUCAAACUGAAAAUGCUGCUGCUUUGACAAUCACUCUAUACGGAGAUUUGUCGUCAGGUCAUGUAGGACCACCACAAGUAUGCGGUGAUGUUAAGUUGGUAGAUGUACCUGAAAUGAACUAUACAUCAAAGGAUAAACCACAUCCACGAGGUGAAAUAUGUGUUAAAGGCCAUUCUGUAUUUAAAGAAUAUUAUAAAGAACCAAAGAAAACAAAUGAAGUACUUGAUAAGGAUGGUUGGUGCCAUACUGGUGAUAUUGGAAUGUGGGAUGAAUUAGGUAGACUUGUAAUUGUUGAUCGUGUUAAAAAUAUUUUUAAACUGGCUCAGGGUGAAUAUAUUGCUCCUGAAAAGAUUGAAAACGUUUACUGUAAACAUGAAUUAGUCGCUCAAGCAUUUGUAUAUGGUGAAUCACUUCAAACAUCAUUAGUUGCUAUAAUUGUGCCAGAUCGCGAUGCUUUAAUUUUGUGGGCAAAACAAAAUAAUUUGGGAGAACACUCAUUUGAAAAGCUAUGCGAACUUCCAGAAACCAAGAAACAUAUUCUUCAAACCUUAGUUAAUCAUGGUAAAAAAAAUGAGCUAAAAGGAUUUGAAAAUGUGAAAAAUAUACAUUUGACGUCUGAAAGUUUUAGUGUAGAAAAUGAUUUGUUAACUCCUACUUUUAAGUUGAAGAGGCAUCAAGCUAAAAUUAAGUUCCAAAAGGAAAUUGAAACCUUGUAUUCUGAUAUAUCCCAAGCUUAA